AUGACCACAUUGUCUAUGGUAAUCGGCGCGGCAGCGCCCGCGCCAUAUGUAAGAGGAAGGGGAGAAGAGAAUAGGAUUAAUAAGGGUUUAGACAGGGUUUUGUUUAGAAAAAAUGUGGAAGGGUUUUGUAGUAGUAGGGUGAUCAGGAGUAAGCACAAGCCCAAGUUUAGUGUGGCUGCAAUGGUUACGAAGAAUGUGAAUGAGAAUGAUGAUGAUGAUGACCCAUUAUGGCCUGAUCCUGAUGAUAUUGGUCCAAACGGUGACACCCCAUUAAACAAGUAUCUAUCCUACUUCCAUGACCUGAAAGAUGAGGUGAGGGAGCCAACUUUUUCCUUUGAGAAGCCAUUCUAUGACUCGUUCGCAAAUAUCUUUAAGCUACGUCGAGCUGUUGAACAAUCUGGAUUAGAUUAUGGCGAUCAGGUCAAGCGUUUGAAAUCAAAGUUGAAUGAGGCUCUCGACGGUUUAGACACCCAUUUGACGCAAAAUCAACACAUGGCCAUUGCCAGGUAUCCAAAUAGGCCAGAUGUCGUUGAUUGCAUUAUGAAUACCGCAGAAACAUGGGUAGAACUCCAUGGAGGUCGAACAGGCUAUGAUCCAGCGAUUGUGACUGGUUUAGGGAGCAUUCAAGGUGAAAUUUACAUGUUCAUUGGACAUCAGAGGAAAAGAAAGCUGAAAUUGGCGGAGCCCACCCCACGUAGUUACAAACAAGCUUUGCUAAUGAUGAAAUAUGCUGAACAUUAUGGUUUCCCCAUUGUCAUAUUUGUUGACACAACUAGUACUUUUCCUGAUCUGAAAUCGGAGGAACUUAGUCAGGAAGAAGCAAUAGCACAUAAUUUGAGGACAAUGUUUAGUUUGAAAGUUCCAAUCGUAACGAUUGUGACAGGCGAAGGUGGUCCAGGUGGUGCUCUUGCUAUUGCUUGCGCGAACAAAUUGCUAAUGAUGGAGAUGUCUGCAUUUUAUGUUGCAAGUCCCGACGCAGGCGCUGAAAUACUGCAGCAACUAUCCCCGGCAGCCCGAAAGAGUGCUGAAAAGAGAGCUAAAAAGGCGAACAUUACUGCUCAAGAACAUUACAGGCUAAGGAUUGAAGGUGGUCUCAUUUGGGAAUCUGUUACUGGUCCUUGGUGUGAAGAGAUUAAAAGUUCACUUCUUAAGGUUAUGGAGGAAUUAAGAAUAUUGGAUAGUGAUGAGCUGGUGCGCCAACGUAUGCUCAAGUUUCCAACAAUUGGACAAGGUGGUUACAAAAAUGAAGAUGACGGAAUGCGAACAAAAAAGAAGCACAGAAUGAAACCAUCUGAGGCCGGGUUCAAUAUUUUCAGUUUUCAACACUUUUUAACCCCAAAAAAAAAAAAUGGAGGGCUGGUUUUAUUACUGUGGUUAGGGUUUCGUUAUUUAAUUUGUUUUGAUUAUGAAAUAGUACGGCACAAAGACCCAGUUGAUCCGCACAGAGCGAGUAAUAGCAUUGCAGGUACAUUGCUAGUAGCUAGAGAUAUGGCCACAUUAUCUAUAGUAAUCGGCACAGCAGCGCCAUGUGCAAGAGGAAGGGGAGAAGAGAAUAGGAUUUUCGGGGGGUUGAGUGAUAAGGGUUCAGAUAGGGUUUUGCUUAGAAAAAAUGUGGAAGAGUUUUGUAGUAGUAGGGUGAUGAGGAAUAAGCACAACUCCAAGUUUAGUGUGGCUGCUGCAAUGGUUAAGAAGAAUGAGAAUGAGAAUGAUGAUGAUGACCCAUUAUGGCCCGAUCCUGAUGAUUUUGAUCCAAGCCGUGACACCCCAUUAACCAAGUAUCUAUCCUCCUUUGAUCGCCGGUCGAAUACAGAUUUUUCCUUUUACAAGCCAUUCAAUGACUUGAACGAAAGCAUCUCUCAGCUACACUUAGCUGUUCACAGAUCUGGAUUAGAUUUUCUUCAUCAGGUGGAUCGUUUGGGAUGGAAGUCUAUAGAGGCUUUCGAACAUUUUCACAGUCAUUUGACGCAAAAUCAACGCCUGGCCAUUGCCAGACAUCCAAAUAGGCCGGAUGUCGUUGAUUGCAUCAAAAGUAUCGCAGGAACAUGGGUAGAACUCCAUGGAGAUCGAACAUGCUAUGAUCCAGCGAUUGUGACUGGUUUAGGGAGCAUUCAAGGUGAAAUUUACAUGUUCAUUGGUCAUCAGAGGAACAGAAAGCUGAAAUCGGCGGUGCCCACUCCACGUAGUUACAAAAAAGCAUUGCUAAUGAUGAAAUAUGCUGAACGUUAUGGUUUCCCCAUUGUCAUUUUUGUUGACACAACAAGUGCUUUUCCUGAUCUGAAGUCAGAGGAACUUAGUCAGGAAGAAGCAAUAGCACAUAAUUUGAGGACAAUGUUUAGUUUGAAAGUUCCAAUCGUAACGAUUGUGACAGGCGAAGGUGGUCCAGGUGGUGCUCUUGCUAUUGCUUGCGCGAACAAAUUGCUAAUGAUGCAGAGGUCUGCAUUUUAUGUUGCAAGUCCCGACGCAGGCGCUGAAAUACUGCAGCAACUAUCCCCUGCAGCCCGAAAGAGUGCUGAAAAGAGAGCUAAAAAGGUGAACAUUACUGCUCAAGAACAUUACAGGCUAAGGAUUGAAGGUGGUCUCAUUUUGGAACCCGCUGAUUGUCCUUGGAGUGAAUAUAUUCAAAGUGCACUUCUUAAGGUUAUGGAGGAAUUAAGAGUAUUGGAUAGGGAUGAGCUGGUGCAGCACCGUAUGCUCAAGUUUCCAACGAUUGGACAAGGUGGUUACCAAAAUGAAGAUGGCCGAAUGCAAACGAAAAAGAAGCACCGAAUGAAGCCAUCUGAGGUAAAAAUUCUAAAGACUGCUGAGAUAGAAUGCCAGCUUGAACAACUCACAAAGAAAAUCCUGAAAGCGGAGGGGACCUUCAAUCCGAAGGAAACAGAAUGA